GCCAGCGCAGCUGCGCCAGGGACCUCUCUUGGUCAACACUACUGGCUCGUAUCAGUAUCUGUUGACGUUCGCCCGCGGCAAGCCACAGACCCACACUUAUUACCAUGGCACCUAACGCAGAGAACCUGACGGCGGUCCUCGUCAAAACUCAGGAUUUGCGAUUGGAAAAGCGCCCAAUCCCCGAGCCUAAAGAUGAUGAGGUACUCUUACAAAUGGGUUGUGUGGGCAUUUGUGGAUCUGAUGUUCACUACCUUGUUCAUGGGCAAUGCGCUACUUUUAUCUUGAAAGCGCCCAUGGUCAUUGGUCAUGAAGGCAGUGGUACAGUUGCCAAAGUGGGAAAAAACGUCACUCAUCUAAAACCAGGUGACAGAGUUGCAAUUGAGCCAGGUGUGCCUUGCAAAAACUGCACUGCUUGCAUGAAUGGAAAAUACAAUCUAUGCCCCAACAUAUUUUUCUGUGCCACCCCUCCUGACAAUGGAAAUCUAUGCCAAUAUUACACCCAUGAUGCAAACUUUUGUUACAAGUUACCUGCCAACAUGUCUCUGGAAGAAGGAGCCAUGAUGGAACCCCUAUCUGUUGGAGUUCAUGCAUGUAAUCAAGCUGAACUUAAGUUUGGAGAUAAUGUUUUGAUCACUGGUUGUGGUCCCAUUGGACUUGUUAGUUUGGUGGCAGCCAAAGCCAUGGGAGCUUCUAAAGUUAUCAUGACCGAUAUUGUAGAUCAUCGUUUGGAAGUUGCAUUGAAGGCUGGAGCUGAUGUUGUAGUUAAUGUGUCUAAAGGGACCAUUGAUGACCAUGAAAAACAGAUUAAAGCAGCCCUUGGAGGAAACUUGCCACAGUGCACUUUAGAUUGCACUGGUUUUGAAUCUAGCAUGCGUCUUGCAAUCAGGUGCACUGCAACCGGUGGGACUAUUGUCCUGGUUGGAAUGGGCAAUUCUGAAAUGAAAUUGCCACUUGCUGAUGCUUUAACACGUGAAGUAGUAAUAAAGGGUGUCUUCAGAUAUCGCCACUGCUAUCCUAAGGCAAUUGAAAUGGUUUCUAGUGGAAAGGCCAAUGUUAAGCAAUUUAUAACUCACAACUACACUUUGGAGCAGACACUUGAUGCUUUUGAUACUGCUCGUACCGGCAAAGGCAACCCCAUCAAGGUCAUGAUUCACUGUUCAAAGUGAGAAGCAGUCAAAAAAUUAUCUACAUUACAAUAAUUUUAUCUUACUUGUCUACAUAGGAAAUGUUCCACGCAUGUUUUUGACAUCAUUAAAAGUAAAUUUAUAUGGAAA